AUGUACCUCAUAGAAAUCGCGGGCCUACGCAUCCUCUUCACAGGUGACUACUCUCGAGAAGAUGACCGCCACCUGAUCCCCGCCUCCUUACCGACUCUUCCUCAAGGCGCCAAAAUCGACGUCCUGAUCACAGAAAGCACGUACGGCAUAGCAUCCCAUAUCCCGCGAACGGAGAGGGAACAAGCGCUUAUGAAAUCCGUGACGGGUAUCCUAAAUCGAGGCGGUAGAGUCCUCAUGCCGGUGUUUGCACUGGGAAGAGCACAGGAGAUAUUACUGAUCUUAGACGACUACUGGGCGAAACACCCCCAGUACCAGCGCUACCCGAUCUACUACGCCAGCCACCUCGCGCGCAAAUGCAUGGUUGUCUACCAGACUUACGUGGGCGCCAUGAAUGACAACGUCAAGCGCAUGUUCCGCGAACGAAUGGAGAGUAGCACGAGCGACGGUAGCGGACCCUGGGACUUCCGCUUCGUGCGCAGCCUGAAGAAUCUGGAGAGGUUCGACGAUGUUGGUGGGUGUGUGGUGCUCGCUAGCCCUGGUAUGCUGCAGAGUGGCGUUUCGAGAGAGCUUCUGGAACGAUGGGCCCCAAAUGAGCAGAAUGGCGUUGUCAUGACAGGAUAUUCGGUCGAGGGCACGAUGGCAAAGCAGCUGAUGAACGAGCCAGAUCAGAUACCGGCAGUCAUGGGAAGUAGGAGUGCGGCGCCCGCGGGAUUGGGAAGGAGAGGGGGCGCGGAGCCGGAAAAGCCGAUGAUAUCGAGACGGUGUACUGUGCAGGAGUUCAGUUUCGCGGCGCAUGUGGAUGGAGUAGAGAACCAGGGAUUCAUCGAAGAGAUUGGGGCUGGUGUCGUGAUUCUCGUCCACGGCGAGAAACACAAUAUGAUGCGCCUCAAAUCUAAGCUCCUUUCCCUCAACAACGAAAAGACCAACAAAGUCAAGAUAUUCUCGCCCGCCAACACCGAAGAACUCCGCAUCCCCUUCAAGGUCCAAAAAACGGCGCGGGUCGUUGGUUCGUUGGCUCGACAACCCCCUCCCACGCAACCAGGGGAGGAACGGCUCCUCAAUGGCGUCCUCGUCCAGAACGACUUCAAGCUCUCCCUCAUGGCGCCUGAGGAUUUGAGAGAAUAUGCAGGCUUGACUACCACAACUGUGAUGUGCAAGCAGCGCAUCACGCUCUCUGCGGCGGGUAUCGAGUUGAUCCGAUGGGCGCUGGAAGGCACAUUUGGGGCGAUAGAGGAGGUUGGUCCGAAACGGGUACCUCCCUCGAACGAUGCUGUGGAAGUCAAUGGGAAUGGUAAUGCUCACACGAAUGGCGAGCACGUAGAUGGUGUCGUCGACCACUCGCCUGAUGGGGUAUCCUACAUGGUCAUGGGCGCCGUCCUCGUUCGCUACCAGAAUAAUGGCGAGAUCAGCGUCGAGUGGGAGGGCAACGUGCUGAAUGAUGGCAUCGCGGAUGCUGUGCUCGCAGUGCUCUUCUCUGUGGAGAGCAGUCCCGCUGCUGUGAAGCAGAGCGCGGGCAGCCACUCACAUAGCCAUCAUCAUGAAGGAAGAAACCCGCACGCAAAUGUCAGCCCUAAGGAGAAGUUCGAAAGACUUUGCAUGUUCCUGGAGGCACAAUUUGGGGAGAACAUCGCUCCGAUUGCGAAGCCGAGGAUUGUGUUCAAGCAAGGAGGGAAGAAGGAGGGGAUGCACAAUGGGGUAAAAGCGGAGGAGGAGGAAGAGGAACUUGGGGAGGAAGAAUUGGCGGAUUUGGAGGCGGAGGAGCUGGAGCGAUUGCACUCGAUUGGUGUACCGGUUCCAGGGGUGGAGAUCAAGGUCGAUAAGAUGGUUGCGAAGGUCUGGCUGGAGGAUUUGGAGGUGGAGUGUAGUCAGGCGACGCUGAAGGAUCGGGUCAAGGCAGUGGUGGAACGGGCGGUGGAGACGGUAAGUCCACUGUGGGCGGGGAAGGAGCGGUGA